AUGCCCAGCUCUUCCGUCGUCCACGCCGCCGUCUUCGCCGCGGGCGCCCUCGUAGGCGGCGGGCUCGCCACCGCCGUCGGCGCGUCCAGGAACCGCAGCCAGCUUGCGUCUCCGGCGACCAAGCCCGGGUCCGCGCCUGUCGUGGACGUGAAGGUCGAGCCGUCUGGCGCGACGCGUGUCUCGCCCACGGGUGCGGCGGGGACGGUGACGCCCCUCACACCUUUGCCGGCGAUAUUGAAGUAUGGGAAUCCAGGGCCAAUAGCGGACCAGUUGGUGCGGACGGCGUAUGUGGCGGGGUAUGACAGGCGGCUGCGCCAUCCAGCUUGGACAGCAGAGCACUUGACGCUCGCGAAACUCGGGAAAUCGCUCCUCGACCCUCCGUCCCCGGAGAGCGAGGGCGGCGACCGGUCAAACAGCACAUUCACAGAGGACGAGUCCCUGCCUGCGAUGUUCCGCGCCAGGCUGAAGGACUACUUCAGGAGCGGUUACGACCGCGGCCAUAUGGUACCUGCAGCGGAUGCAAAGAUGUCUCAGACGGCGAUGAACGAGACCUUCCUCCUAUCAAAUAUCGCCCCUCAAGUUGGUGAAGGGUUCAACCGGCACUACUGGGCAUACCUCGAAGACUGGUGCCGACGCCUGACCGGCGCCUUCGCCGACGUCUACGUCUUCACCGUCCCGCUCUACCUCCCAAAGCAAGACCCAGACGGGAAAUGGCGCGUGACGCACGAAGUCAUCGGCAACCCGCCGAACGUCGCGGUCCCCACGCACUUCGCCAAGGUCGUGCUCGCGUCGCGCCCCUCCUCGCCCGCAACGCCGACCAUCCCCGAGAUAUCCACCGGCGCGUUCGUCCUCCCGAACGCGGUCAUCAAGGACGAGACGCCGCUCGAGUCGUUCGUCGUGCCCAUUGAGGCCGUGGAGCGCGCGGCGGGGCUCACGCUCUUCUCGGACGAGGUCAAAAAGGGGUCCAAGCACAUCUGCCAGACCGCGCGGUGCGAGGUCGUCGUGCGGCGCUUCGACGACGCGCGGAAGCGCCCGGAGAUGCGGAGGGCGAUCUCGGCACCCGCCAAGUAG